UCCUAUAAAGGCCUCUCGGGAUAAGAAACUCGUCACUCGCUUUAGUCUGUUCUUUUCUCUGUUCUCUCCGAAUUCACCGUCUCUCAGCCAUGGCUUCCAUCUCUGCCUCUUCGGUCAGCUUCAGAUCGUCGGCCGUUCUUCCAGGCCGAUCUGCCACGGUGUCGGCAGGGAGUUCCCUCGUCAACAUGGUUUCUUUCUCAAAGACGGGAAUCCACUUCCCAUCACUGCGCCGAAAAGUUGGAUGCGCAGCUAAACCAGAGACAGUUGACAAGGUGUGUGAAAUUGUCAAGAAGCAGUUGGCACUUCCUCCUGAGUCUGCUCUCACUCCUGAAUCAAAAUUCAGCGAUCUUGGUGCUGAUUCCCUUGACACGGUGGAAAUAGUGAUGGGAAUUGAGGAGGAAUUUAACAUCAGUGUGGAGGAGGAGAGCUCGCAGAGCAUCACGACGGUUGAAGAAGCCGCCAACCUUAUAGAGAAGCUUGUUGAGAAGAAUAAGGCUUGAGAGAGGUUCUGAGGGAUUUUGACUAGUGGGUUUGUCUGCAAUAUUUCCCAAACUAUGAUUAGGCCAUCUUCAUCUUUGUUUUGAUUCUUCAUAGAACUCUUAAUUCAUUUUCGUCGCUUGAUGUAUGUAGGGUUCGAGCCAGCCACCAACUCGAACCUCUUUCAUGUUCUUGCGCGGUUAAACUUUCUCUAGUUAGUAGUAGAAGCAUGGCGAGAUCAAAGAAGUGGCAUCUUUUCUUCUUUCUCAGGGUUUAACAUCAACAAGUUUUGCAGUUUGGCCUGUUAGCUUA